CCCUCUUCAUCAUUUUCUCAGAGCCCUCUUGCCGUCUUCGAUCUACCUUCUCGCUUCAUCACUCCCUACUGUUCCGAUCAAUCUUGCAUCUUAGGCCUGAAAGCUGUGGAUCCAUCUCACAGAGCUAACUGGAAGGGACAGACAACGGGCAGAGCAAAAUGUAUUCUUUUAUUUCCUCAUUGACUAGUCACUUUAGACAAAUGGAGGUGAUUACCGAAACUCUAGUCAUUUGCGCUUGCCUGGUAUUUGGUGGUGUGGUGAUUAAAAGAAAACUCCAUCGCAAACCUUGGGAGACACUACCUGACGAUGUCAUGGAGAUUAUUCUUCCUCACCUGUGCGUACGUGAUCGCAUACGCUUAAGCAUUGUUUGCAAACCAUGGAGCUCAGUUUCUAUGCGCUCAGACAUCCCUAGUGCUCCUCGACUCCCCUGGUUAAUACUCCCUCAAUCAUCCCCUAACUACUUGAGCUAUUUCGAGCUUUCUGAAGGCAAAAGUGGCCGGUUGGAACUGCCUGAACCUGUUCCAGGAGGUUGGUUUCAAGGAUCAUCAAAAGGUUGGAUGAUCAUGGUCAUGGAAAAGGAUCUGGAUUCUACUAUGUUUCUUGUGAAUCCAAUAUCAGGAGCGCAGCAGCAACUUCCACCUUUGAGCACGGCUCCAUGUUUCCAGAAGGAAGUAGAAACGGCCAGAUGGAAACGCUAUGGUGCUUCUGCUUUCUGCUUUAGCGUUGUGCUAUCUACCUCAGAUAUCACUUCUCAUCAAUUUAUGGUUGCAGCAACUUUUGGAGAGACUGAUAGACUGUGUUUGUAUAAACCGGGAGACAGAAAGUGGACUAUCUUGGAGGUCUUAGAUGCAAAUGAGUGCAUUACAGAUUUAUUGUUCUCUUCUGGCAAGCUAUAUGCCUUGGUUAUUAGUCAUAAUAAGAAUGGUGUCAUUUCAUCUCCUCGCAACUUAAAAUUUGGAGAUCAUGCAGUCGAACUAUGCCUUGGUUAUUAGUCAUAAUAAGAAUGGUGUCAUUUCAUCUCCUCGCAACUUAAAAUUUGGAGAUCAUGCAGUCGAACUGAAGCUGGUCUAUGACAAAAUACCAAGAAACAAUGACAGCUUUGAAGAAUAUGAUGACUAUCUAGUCCACCUAAAAGGGGCAACAGACUCACAUUUGGUAGAGUCAAACUACUGAUGAUGAAAUAUUUUUGGUCCAUCAAGUCCAAGAUAGAUUUGCAAAAUGGUAUGACGACAAUCAUGAGGAUGAUGCUGGCGGCAAUGGGGAGGAAGAGGAUGUUGAAGGUCGAGAUAAUGGUAAUCAUGAAGGCGCUAAUGAAGAAGACAACAUGGAAGGUAAUGAGGAUGGAGGUGAAGAGGUGAAUGAUAUUAGCUCAAAAAUCAUUACCGUUGAUGAAGAUGAUCAUGACCUUAAUUCAUAUUUGAGGACAAGUGAUUUUAAUGUAUACAAGCUUCAUCCAGAGAAAAGGAAGAUUGCUGGUGUAAGACGCUUGGGGGAUCAGCUGUUAUUUUUGUCAAGUGCAGGUGCAUUGUCCCUUCCUGCAACAGAUAUCAACAACCUAAAAGGAAAUUGCAUUUAUUUUGCAACUAAUAAUACCUUGAGUUUACAUCUGCGAACAUUUACAAGUCGAGAGAUUGGUGUAUUCAGCUUUGAUGGGAGAAAAAUUAAGCGUUCUUUCCCGAGCGUUCAUGUAUCAGUACGUUCUCGACUUAGUUGGUUUACUCCAAAUUUGUAGAUUUUCUUGUAUAUUAGCUUAAGAAUCUGUUUUCUAGAUGCAAUAAUCGUAAUGUAGCUCAUUACUGCUUUGGAGUUUUAGGUGGUGUUUCAUCAGGGGUUCCCUCUGUUGAACUGUUGUAUAAUACUACCAUAUCAUCAAUAAAGUUGUCAUUAUUAGAGAGAGUGACCAAGAGAGGGUGAGAUGAUAAUCGUCAUCUAAUCUUUUGUAAAUUUCUUUACUUCAACUGAAAUUUUUAGUGGUUCGGCCAAAUUUCACUCCUUUGUCAUGUGCUCCUUUUGCAUGAUUGGGGACUGAUUUGUAUUGUUUGUUGAUUCCUAUUAUAUACGAGGAUUUGA